ACAAGAAUUUACUGUGUAAAUUUACAUUUGAAAAAUAUAUAAAAUGGAAUAAUAUUUAUAGAAUGAAACUCUAUUUAUUACAUAUUAAAUUAUAAUGUAUAUAUAAUAUAUAAUAUAACUUCAAGAUUAAGUUUUGAGGUAAAAUUAAGAAUGAAAUCCAUGAUGCAUAAGGUAGAAACCAUGAUGAUUUCUAUGCAUCAGGAUAUUUCAAGUGAUUAAGGAAUCGCAUGAGUAAAUGUUACCACAAAAUCAAGAUUAGGAUAUUGGAUUUACGUGCGCAUGAAUCUCUAUCGAUGUGCAUAUACCUUGCGUAGACUAUGUAUGCAAGUUCUUCCAUAAGUAUAAAUACACUUCUGGCAACAGGAAAGUCUCAGUUGAACGUCUCUUGAUACGACUACGUGUCAGUGAUUCAUAUAAUUUGACUAAAAGAACAUAUUUCAAAUAUGUUCAUCAAGUAUCGCGCCAUAGAAUUUAAAUUUAUGAACGUAUUCCUAGUGAGUUAAAUUUUCAGUUUAAACGAGUUAUGCAUAAAAAUAACUAUAGUGAUAUAAAUUAAAUAAAAAUUAUAGAACAAAUUAAUAGAAACGAGGCAUGAAAAAUAAAUUUUCUUCGCUAAAGUUAAUGAUAUUCAUCUUGUUGAUCUUGGACAGUAUGGUCCAAUCAGCGGUAACAAAUAGCGAUAAUCAUCAUAGAAUAAUCGGAAGAAUUACUUUAUCAGAUGCAGUAAAAGCAUCCAAGACAUUUGUUUGUAAAAAACCACAAUUUCGAGCGUAUAGUUUAAAAGAUUUGAUGCAAAAUGUUCAUCAGAAUCCUGGAGAAAGUCCUAUUCAACCUGUUUAUAUAGUUCUAAAGAGAUGUGACGGACAUUCUGGAUGUUGUGCGAGUCCAUUAAUGAGCUGUUCACCUGUAGAAUCGGCGAUCUAUUACGAAGAGAUUGAAAUCGAAGUUUGGAGUUUGGAAACUAAUAAUAACAGAAGACAAUGGAUUAGAGUGGAACAACAUGAUAAAUGCUCCUGUGAAAUUACCACGAUCAAUAAUCGAUAUCAAUUUGAACAUUUACAGCCUAAUGUAACUUUAAUUUGAUAUUAAUUGAUUAGAGCAGCUAAAGCAAAACAUUAAAAACUGAAUGUUUUUUGCAUAACAAAUUAUAAAUGUAAUUGACAGUAUUGAUUUAUAAGAAACAUAAGACUGCUAAUGAAUUAAAAUAAUUAAAAAUAUUGCUAUUUCUUUUGGUUUUGCUUAAUUUUUUAA